AUGAGGAGGAUGAGGAGGAUGGUGACACCGAGGACAUCCCGCUGCUGGGAGGAUGAGGACAGCUGGACUGCCACCCCUGCUGUCCCCGCUGUCCCCGCUGUCCCCGCUGUCAGCCCCGAGCCGGACGCGCGCAGCCCGGAUCUCUUCGAGCGCCUCCAGCACGCCGUGAGCUCUCUGGAACGCGCCGUCUUCUCCCGCCACCGGCGACCCCCGCAGUGGCCACCGCUCGCCCCGGGCUGGCACCGAGCGGUCCAGAGCCUGGAGGAGCUGAGCCGGACCCCGCGCUGGGCUCGCCGCUGCUGGCCGCGCCUGGAGGUGGCCCCGGGGCUACCGGAGGAGCUGGAGGUGACCCCGGGGCUACCGGAGGAGCUGGAGGUGGCCGUGGCGAGGAACGCGAACCUUCGGGCAACCCUGGGGCAACGGGAGCAGGAGCUGGGCCAGGUCACGGCAGCGCUGCGAGCCCUGCGGGGCGAGCGGGAGCGACUGAAGGGCAAGGUGCGGGACCUGCGGGAGGCUCUGGCCAGGCUGGAGGAGAUGGGGGGGUCUGGAAGUGACAGCCCCAGGAUUGGUGACAUCCUCAGGAUUGGUGACAUCCCCGGGACCGGUGACACCCCCGGGAUUGGUGACACCCCUGGAACUGGUGACAUCCCCAGGCUCGGUGACACCCCCGGGGUUUGUGACACCCCCGGGCUUGGUGACACCUCUGGGGUUGGUGGCACCCCCGGGCUCGGUGACACGCCCGGGAUUGGUGACAUCCCUGGGAUUGGUGGCACCCCCAGGCUUGGUGACACUUCUGGGGUUGGUGACACCCCCAGGACCGGUGCCACCCCCGGACUCGGUGACACCCCCGGGAUUGGUGACACCCCCAGAAACGGUGCCACCCCUGGAACCGGUGACACCCUCGGAAUCAGUGACAGCCCCGGGACCAGUGACACCCCCGGGCUCGGUGACACCUCCAGGCUCGGUGACACCUCCAGGACCGGUGACACCCCCAGGCUCGGUGACACCCCCAGGCUCGGUGACACUCCCGGGAUUGGUGACACCUCCAGGCUCGGUGCCACCCCCGGGCUCGGUGCCACCCCCGGGCCCAGCAGCCCCCCGGGGCAGUCGGCCCCGCUGUCCCCCCAACCCUCGGCGGGGCCCAGCCCGGAGCAGGAGGAGCGGCUGCAGCAGCUGCGGGGGGUCCUGGCCAGGCUGCAGGACUCGAACCGGGACUUGGUGGCCGCGCUGGGCGAGUGCAAGGGCGAGGCGGAGCGGCUGAGCAUGGAGCUGGGGCUGAGAGAGAACCGCUGCAGCGCGCUGGGGCUGGCGCUGAGCUGCAGCGAGCGCUGCGGAGGCGCCUACGCCGCCCUGCUGGAGCUGGUGCGGGCAAAGGUGACAGCGGAGGGUGACACCCGAGGGGAACCGAACCCGGACCGGACACCGGGACCUGACCCCGCCCCAACAGAACCGACCCCGACACCGGCACCAGCAGAACCCGAACCCCACCAACACCCCGCGGACAGCUCGGGGGCUCACAGCUACCGGGCCAUGCAGGAGGGAGAGCUGCGGGAACACAUCCGGCGGCUCCGAGCCGAGCAGGCGUUGGUGGAGGGGUCCCUGCUGGACACCCCCGAGCCCCCCGAGCCCCCCGAGCCCCCCCGGGAGCCCCGGGCGCGGGCGGAGCGGGCGCUGAGCGAGGCGCGGGCGCUGCUGCCCGGCUGGAGGCGGCCGCGAAGGGAGGAGCUGCUGCAGGAGCUGGCGGGGCUCAAGGAUUCCCUGGCGGAUCUCCGGGCCCGGCUCCGCUUGGCCCAGAGGCAGAACCGAGCCCUGGAGCUGCUGGUGGCCGCGCACGGGCCCCGGGAAGCGGCGCUGCGCCUGCUGCUCCAGCACCGGCAGCGGGAGCGCGACGGGAGGGACGGGACCUCCGGCAGCUCCGGCGGCAGCUCCGGCAGCAGCUCCGAGGAGGGAGCGCGGAUCGGCAGAGGGGCAGCGAUGGCUCCGAGGAGCCCCCCGGACCCCGAGAGGACGAGGGAGGAGCUGCUGAGGAUCCGGGCACGCACGGAGCAGCUGCGGGGCCGCGCUCAGGAGCUGGCGCUGGCGCUGGAGCGGGGCAGCGCCGCCAGCCGCGCGCAGCAGGAGCGCAGCGCCGCCGUCACCAGGGAGCUGCUGCAGGCGCACAGCUCGCUGUCGGUGUCGCUGCGCUCCGCUCGCCGCGGGCUCUCGCAGCGGCUCCGGGCUCUCGAGGUUCGCGCUGCGGAGCUGCGGGGCCAGCACGGCCGCAGGGAGCGAGCCCUGGCCCGGCGGCUGCGGCUGCUGCAGCGCCCCGGGGAGACCUGCAUCUAG